UUUGGACAAAUAAAUCUUUAGUCUAUCAUCUACGUCCGAGGUAAAAACAUCAAUUCUUUCUUGGGCGAAUCUUGCACAGCAACAAUAUGAAGAGUGACGAAAUUAUUGAGAAGCUGCGCACUAAACUUCAGGAGUCUGAUCCUUCUAAUCGCACAGUAAUGAAUAUAUUUCAAUUUCAUUUUACCGAUUCCGAUGGUAAUCUAAUCAAGAGCAUGGUUUUUGAUUUUAAAGAAUUGAAUAUCUAUGAGGGCACUUGUGCCGAUGCCGAAGCAGAUAUAACUGUCAGCGAUGAGAAUUUUUAUUUGGUUGGUUCGAAACUGACCACAUUUGAAGAGUUGGUUGCCAAUAACAACCUUAAGAUGGAGGGCGAUCAAGAUGCAUUUCACAAACUUGCUGAAAAAUUCCGCAUGAAUGUAAAGAAGGAAUAGUAUCUCUAUAAUCACUGACUGGAUGUUUUUAUAAUCUUUUAUUUAAACAAAAAUAUUCUAAGUAGUAGAGAAGUAGAUAUUUUGUUAGCAUUUGUCGUUUUGCAUGAGAUAAAUGAAUCUAUAAAGAGAAAUGUCAAGCUAGUUGUUUUUUGUAGGCUUUUCAACAAAACAAAAGUGUCCUUAGGUUAGGGAGACAAUACACAAACACAUAUAAGCGAUGUUUUAGAAAUACCUACAAUACAAAAUUGUAAUAACACCGUUGGAUUGGAGGAGUAAAGAUCUUUCCAUAUUGAGGUCAUUUGCGAAACAAUCUUUUGUAACUUUCUAAAAAUAGUCAAAAUAAAAUUUUUUUAGUGAGAUACCGAGUUCGUAAAUGUACGAAA